UCGUUUGCGCAUGCGCCGAUCGUCAGACGUCAUCGGGGGGGGGGGAGUGACGACCAACUCAACUAAAGAAAGCUUACCACGGGGAAGUCGUAAUUCCCCCCUCACCACGCACACAAAGAAGCUUUCUUGUUUCUUUUCACCCCUUUUUUUCUUGAAAUAACAACCCGAGCCGGCCGAAAUGAUGAGGUAGGCGGCCUCGACUGGUGCGAGGCAAGGCCGGGCUCGGUGAAAAUGGAGCGGGAGUUUCAGGACAUCGAGUCGGAGGGCCGGUGGCACAAAUUCUACAUGGAAAUCCGAAGUCAGUCUCACGAAUGCGCCUACAAAGUGGCCAAGUACCCGGAGAACCGCAGCCGCAACCGAUACCGAGACGUCAGCCCGUUUGACCACAGUCGGGUGAAGCUGAAGAACGCGGACAACGACUACAUCAACGCCAGCCUGGUGGUGAUGGAAGAGGCGCAGCGGCGUUACAUAUUAACUCAGGGUCCCCUCAGGAACACGUGUGGCCACUUCUGGCUCAUGAUCUGGGAGCAAAAGAGCAAAGCCAUCGUCAUGCUCAACAGGGUCAUUGAGAAAGGCUCGGAAAAGUGUGCUCAGUACUGGCCCGUGUCCGGGGAGCGUGAGAUGGCGUUCAAGGACACGCGCUUCCUGGUCACGCUGCUGUCGGAAGACGUCAAGUCUUACUACACCACAAGAGUGCUGGAGCUGCAGAACAUGAGCACGGCGGAGAAGCGGGAGAUCCACCAUUUUCACUACACAACGUGGCCCGACUUCGGCGUGCCCGAGUCGCCGGCGUCCUUCCUCAACUUCCUGCUGAAGGUGCGGGAGUCCGGGGCGCUGGGCGGCGACCACGGCCCCGCCGUGGUGCACUGCAGCGCCGGCAUCGGACGCUCGGGGACCUUCUCGCUGGUGGACACGUGUCUCGUGCUCAUGGAGAAAAGGAAAGAUGCGUCGGCGUUGGACAUCCGAAGGAUCCUGCUGGACAUGCGGAAGUACCGCAUGGGUCUCAUCCAGACCCCCGACCAGCUGCGCUUUUCCUUCGUGGCUGUCCUCGAGGGAGCCAAGUGCAUCGCGGGAGACGCGUCCCCGCAGGUAAAAUCGCUCGAAACGUCUGCAAUCAGAGCGGCGAAACACAGCGGGGGGGGGGGACGACGUCUACUUUCCCCGUUUCGCAGACUCAGAGGCGGGAGUCGUCCCGGGAGGACCCGGACGCCGCGGGCGACCUGCCGGAGAGCCGCAACGGCGGAGGAGAGGACGGUAGACAUGACGGCGAGAGGCCGAGCCAGUCGCCGGAACAGGACAACAGCACCACACACAAACGACGCAGAGGCGACAGUUUCUCCAUCGCUCCAAGCCAAAGGACCAACGAUACCGACAGAAAGCGGAAAAGCCUGCAUUUUCCGCCUCUUUCCGCCGGGAGGGACGGCGAAUCACUACAAUAACAACAACAAGACUCGUCUUUCAUCCACCAAUUGGAAUGCAGCAAAGACGAGCGACUCCUGACCGGCCCCCCCACCGCCACCAACCCGAGGCGCCGUUCGACGACAAAAAAAAAAAAAAAAAAUAAUAAUAAUCGGCAGGGAUAAACACCAACCUC